AUGUCAAUGAAAACUCUUCCCCUGGUUUUCAUUAACCUUGGAGGGGAGAUGCUUUCCAUACUGGACCAUCCCCUGCAAGCUCACAGCACUUCUGAGGGCAAGUCUGAAAAAGUGAUGAAUGACAUUGUCGGGAACAUGUUCAGUGAAGCCUUCAUGGAUGAACUUUUGAAACCUCAGCUGCUGUAUUCACACAGGACAAUCAAAGUCGAACUAACUCGCUUGGCGAUCAUGAAGCUGAAGACGGUCAGCAUGGAGAAGCUCUACGAGCUGAUGAUCAUGGCCUUCAAGUAUCAUGUCUUCCACUGUCCGCGCCCUAAGGACCUGCUGCUCAUCUCAUACAAUCACAUCGACACCAUCAGGGAAUUUGUGAAAGACACUCCUGCCGUUGUGAACAAAGUGGAUGAAACUCAUAGGAAGAUCAUUGAGCUUCAAGUGGAGCUGGAUGAACAUUCAGCAACUCAGCUGGCUCAAAUCGCCGCCCUUUUUGCAGAACAAGAGGAGAUGCCAGAUGAUGUGAACAGUAACAAAGAAGAUGACUUGCUGGCCAUGAUGGAUGACCUCUGA